AUGUCGUCUCGCACGGCCGCUUCGCCCUCCCGGCCUCCGCGGCCGUCGGCCACGCCGUCUGCGGCCACAGCGUCAGCGUCAGCCGUCCCACCGCAACCGACCAACACAGGAGCACCAGCAGCGCCAGGAGCCUCAGGAACAUCGGCAGGGGUAGGCGCAGGGGCAGGUCCCCCGCGUAAACGCCACAAGCACCGCGGCGGCAAGAAGAAGCAGCGCCGCAAGUCGUUUGCCGUCGUCCAGCCGCACGGCCUCGGCGACGACGAGGGCGCACACGACAACGUCGAGGCCGAUCCUCUCAAGGACACGACCCUGGCCGCCGCUUCACGCGACGAGUUCUUUGACAUCCACCACAACCACCGCGCCCGCAGCCUCAGCACCACCAGCCUCGAGAGCGAGAGCCUGCUCGACCACCGCGACCAGCAGCCGUUUUUGCGCGCCCGCCGGCCCUCGAUUGCCGUCACGCCCAGUCUCAGCCAAUCGGUACGGCUACAGGCCGACCUUGACAAUGACGACAACAACGACGAUGCCAACGAGACGGUGCCGCUGCUCGCGCAGUCGUACCACCAGGAGCAGCGCAUGCCGAGCUCUGGCAGCGGCAGCGGCGGCGGCGGCGGAGGUGGAGGUGGCGGCGGCGGCAUUGGGUCCGACUUUCCGUCGGCUGCCGCCUCCCGCGCUGCGGCUUUCAGCGGCUACGGUGCCACCACGGGCUCUUCCAACGACGGGCCCCGUCCGCCGAGCCGACACGGGUCCAACCACUCCGGCCGCCACAACAAGUUUCUCAACCCCUUCAGCCCCUUUCCCAAUGCCGAGCGGUACAGCAGCGUCAACUACCCGCCGUCCGUCCCCGGCAGUCCGCCUCUGCGUCCAACAGACCGCCUGCUCGACCACAACAACAACAUUAGCUUUGGCGACCAGAUGCUGCGCGAUGAGUUGCGCGCGCCCUCGUCACCGGUGGGCCUGCGCCGCUCCGAGACCUCGUCCAGCAAGAACAACCUGAACGACAUGCUCAUCGAUCGCGAGCGAGACCGUGAACGGGACCGCGAUCGGGACCGUGAUCGCGAUCGCGAUCGCGAUCGCUCCCAUGAUCAACGGGGACGUCAGCCAUCCAAGGCGGCCGGUGGCGACGGCGACCAUGGCAGCACCCACAACGGACACGGCAACAAGGGCUCGAUGGGUGGCGCUGGCGCUGGUGUUGGCGGUGGUGGCGGUGAGAAUGACGUGUGCUUCCCGCAGGGGCACCUCUCCGAGAUGGCCGAGGACGAAGAAGACUACCACCGCGACGACGACGACGACGUCGACCGUGAGCGAGAUGCCGCGGCGUGGCGUGCACGCACGAACCGCCGCCGCCGGGGCAAGUGGCCUGAUCUGGCCAUCCUCGACGAGUGGAGCCGAUUUGAAAAGGAGGGCCGCAGCGAGGGCCGCCGCGCCAAGAAGAUCAAGGAGCCGCAGCUCGUCAACGGCCGCCUGCGGCCCGUCCACAAGGGCUGGCACCGCGCCGAAGAGGACGCGCCCUACCGCUUCACCUACUUCAACGAAGAGUUCCAGAGCACCAUCCACAGCCAGUCCAUCUCCGAGCUCGUGCAGCCCGGCGGCAGCUUCCGCGAGCUCUUCAUUCCAGACCCGCCCCUACUGUCCGACUCCGACUCAGACGAUGACGACGACGCGGACUUUGUCCCCGGCCACGAAAGGAGUGACGGCAGCGCGCUGGAUGGCACGACGGUUCCCGGCUACGAGGCGCCUGACAUCGCCAGCACCGCUGCCGACCUCAACCUCAGCCGCGACCCGCUCUAUGUAGCCGAAGCCCUGUCCAACGCCGGCGACAGCGUUCCGCGCCCAGGCACGCGCUCAGGAGGCACUGCCAGCCCAGAAAAGGGCGGCAGCGGUGCCGCAUCACAGGGGCUGCGUCCUCCGCUGUCCUCGGCGACCAUGGAGCGCACACCCACGCAAUUGUCGGAUGACUUUGGCCGCCCAACACCACUCUCUCCCCCCCGCGUGAUGUCACCACCCCAGGUCACCAGCCCCGACCAGCGGCCCCUGCGGACCAUGUCACCUGGGCCGGCUCCCUUGGCACUGACACCGCAGCGGCAGGCAGAACGCGAGAACCUGCGGGCCGCCGUCACUGCCGCUGCCGCCGUGGCAGCCACCGAUGCUGCCAACGCCGCUGCCGCGGCGACGUCUGUGGCCGCCCAUGAGCGCGGCCGCUCGUCGUCCCGGCAGUCGGGGACGGGCAACGAUACGGCCGUUGGGCAGGCUCCGGGCGCCGUCACGAAACUGCCCCGACAGCCCCGGCAGCCCCGCUACGGCGAGCGGCCGGUGUGGUGGCUCGAUGUGCUGAGCCCGACCGAGGCCGAGAUGAAGAUUCUGAGCAAGGCGUUUGGCAUCCACCCGCUGACGGCCGAGGACAUUGUCAUGCAGGAGGCGCGCGAAAAGGUCGAGCUGUUCCACAACUACUACUUUGUGAGCUACCGCUCGUUCGACCAGGACCCCAGCAGCGAGACGUUCCUGGACCCCGUCAACAUGUACGUGGUCGUGUUCCGCGAGGGCGUCCUCAGCUUCCACUUCUCCAUGACACCGCACCCGGCCAACGUGCGCCGGCGCAUCCGCCAGCUCAGCGACUACAUGAUCCUGUCGUCCGACUGGAUCUCGUAUGCCAUCAUCGACGACAUCACCGACGUCUUUGUGCCGCUGAUCCAAAAGAUUGAGGAGGAGGUCGACGACAUUGACGACGCCAUCCUGCAGAUGCACUCGUCGGCGGCGGGCCACGUGCUGGCGGCCAACCGCGAGAAGAGCGAGAUGGCCACCGGCACCGCCAGUGGCAGUGGCGGCGGUGGUGGCGGUGGCAACGCGGCCGCGACGGCCGAGGCCGACACCAACAUGCUGCUGCAGGUGGGCGACUGCCGCAAGCGCGUCAUGAGCCUGUACCGGCUGCUGGGCACCAAGGCCGACGUCAUCAAGGGCUUUGCCAAGCGCUGCAACGAGCACUGGGAGAUUGCGCCGCGCAGCGAGAUCGGCCUGUACCUGGGCGACAUCCAGGACCACAUUGUCACCAUGACGUCCAACCUGAGCCACUACGAGAAGAUUCUCUCCCGCUCCCACGGCAACUACCUCGCCCAGAUCAACAUCCGCAUGAACGAGCGCCAGGAGAAGACGGCCGACGUGCUCGGCAAGCUGACGGUGCUGGGCACAAUCGUGCUGCCGAUGAACAUCAUCACGGGCCUCUGGGGCAUGAACGUCUGGGUGCCCGGCCAGGACGGCGAGGGCGAUCUGCGCUACUUUAUGGUGAUUACGGCGGGCCUGCUCGCCUUUGGCAUGGCCUGCUACUGGAUCGCCAAGCGCGUCUACAAGAUUGUGUGA